CCUCGCAGAGCAGUCUGCCCUUGCUAGCUUUUUCAGAUGGGCCAGCUGGCUGAGAAGCCCUUCCGGUUGCUGUGGCCAAGGGAAAGCCUUUAGGAACGUGAGCAGAGGAAUGUUCUGAGCCUUCGUCAGCUCUAGGGCAGCAUGAGCACCAGCCGCCCCGAGCCAGAGGCCCACGCACCCAGGAGCCCCCACCUGCAGCCACUGUCCCGGAGCUCUUUUAACCUGCUGGGUGAAGGCCAUGUGCAGAGACCAGAGCUCCACAAGAGUGCCAGCAGCAUUGUGUGGCAGACCCAGCAGGGGGAGGCCAGCACUGUCCCCUGGGUCCCAGAAGAUGAGGGGUGUCAGGCUGAGAGUGUAGGCCAAGGGCAGGCCUCCAGUCUCCGACCACAGCCCAGAGCCAAAAGCCAUUGGCGGAGCAGCACCGUGGGCAAUGUGUCCGCUAUGGGCAGUGGUGACCUGUGCUGCCUGAGAGUCCCCAGCACUGCUGCCUUGCAGAGGAGCCGCUCGGACCUGGCCCGUAGCACCCAGACGCAGGGCCACAGUGGGGCUCGCAAAGCCAGCCUCAGCUGCUCAGCCCUUGGUGGCUCACCCAUGCAAAGGACCCCACUGCCACCUGGAAGUCCUUCUGACCAGCAUGGCCAGCCCCUUGCAGGCCCGGAAAGGGACCCGGCUCCUGAGGAUGGGACAGCCUACAGAACUGCAGAGAACACAAACUCAGCCUGGAGGUUGGGGGCGGAGAGCCAGGUGUGGGAGUCAGCACUAGAUCUCGAAGGUACAACUGACCAAGCUGAGCCCAAAGCCAUUGGGCAGCUGGCUGCUGCCUCCUGCCAUGCUCUGCCCCGGGCAGCUGUCCUCUGUAGCACGAGGGAGCUGGGGACCAGCGGCUGCUGCCAUGUCCUGCAGGCCACCGACCUGGCAUUUCCCAAGCUGGUGGCAUCAGUGAGUGAGUCUGGGCUUCAGGCUCAGCAGGGGGUGAAGGGCCAUGGCAGGCCACCAGGGAGGCUUCCUGGGCACCAUCCUUGGGGUCCCAGUGGGUUAACCACAGAGCCUGGUACCAGGACCAAAGAUGUAUGGACCAUGACUUCAGCCAGUGACUUGGCCCCUGCCUUAGAGCCCCCACCAGCGGCCCAGGAUGCUGCUGUGCAGGCAGCACCCACAGCAGCCUGCAAGGCUGUGGCCACCAGUCACCCUCUGGAAGCCCCCAUGGCCUUGCACAUGUUUCCAGAGGGGACCCUGGGCCCUAGCCUGGAGGAGGCACCAUCUCCAGUGCGGGAUGUGCGGUGGGAUGCCGAGGGCAUGACGUGGGAGGUGUAUGGGGCCACCGUGGACCCUGAAGUGCUGGGCGUGGCCAUCCAGAAGCACCUGGAGAUGCAGUUCGAGCUGCACCGGGCGCCCACCAGCAAGGACAGCCUGUCAGUGGAGGGCCGCAGGAGGCCACUGCGCGCCGUCAUGCAGUCCCUGCGGCCCUCCAGCUGCUGUGGCUGCUCCGGUGAAGCCCUCGAGUGAGGCGCUGCCCACGAGCUGGCCAGGGCCAGGUGUGGGCUCUGUGCUUGGGCCCUGUGCUCCCUGUGCCACUCGCAGUCACGGACAGAUUGCAUUGACAUCAGGGCCUGCAGGCCACAGACCAUACGUGGGACUUCCUGCUCCUCGCAGUGAGGCUGUGUUUAAGAGCUUUGGAAGGGGGCUUCAGCACUGUGCACAAAAGCCCCCAGAUUUUCUUGUUACAAUACCUGACUUCCACUGAGUCUGAACUCUGACGUUAUGGGCUUCCUGCUGACUUUAUUUUACACCAGUGCUGCACUCUGGUGGUACCUGGGCUGUGGGACCCUAGAUGACCAGGAGAGCCGGUGGGUCUGUCCUUGUAAGGCUGCGUAGGGCCUCCGGUGUGGCACACACUGUUCUGGUCACCUUACCGUGGUGGGGUUUUCCCUCCACACCCCCUUUUACAGACAACGCCACAGGGAUUCCACCGAGUGUCCUUGUCGGUCAGGGCUGGCUGGGACCACCUCACCUCCCGGCUGCAGUCUGCUUGCUUCAUGCAGUCUGAGCAAGGAGGCUUUACUCAGCCCGUCUGUGCCUUCAGAAGGGAGCAGGACAGGUUCCUAGUGCCUGACAGAUCUCCGUGUCUGUGGGGAAACACCCGUCUGUCAUGUUCAAGGUGAUAAGCACUCCUGAAGCGCCCCGCAGGUUGUGUGUGUGUGCGUGUGUGUGGUGGUGGUGGCGGUGAUGGGCCUCUAAGUCAGCCCACCUUGAAAGUCAUUGUUUCAGGCAAAAUAUGCACCAGAUGUGCAUCCUUACCAAUCACCUCAUUCCUUGGGGCUGAAGGAUAUAUUCCCAGCCAAACUGCAGUUCUCAGAAGUGAGGAGAGCCAGAAUGGUUGGGGAAAGGGAAGGAGCGGGGGCAGGGGUACGGGACUUGGGAAGGGCAAU